AUUUUUCUAAACCGGUGCUUCAAGUUGUUACGUUAGAAUUUAUAAAAAAAACCCUAUGAAUGGGAAACUGUUGCUCCUAUAAACCUUUUUUAACAUUUUUAAAAAAAAUUCUUACACUGCUCAUUUUAUUUCCAUGGUCACAAUUAAUUACAUACCUUGAAAAAUUUUUUUUGCAAGAAUGUACAUAAUUCAUCUGAAGGAUAAAUUUUAACUAAGAUGACCUCUUUUUGUAUAUUUUUUGCCAUCCUUUGAAUUUGAGCCUCAAUGUGAAUUUUUUUUGUUAUUGUGAAAAUGUAGCUUUUUUAAUAGGGACAUUUUAUUUUCUUUAUUUACACAAACUUGUUAUUAUUACUGAAGUAGGUGUAUUUAUCCUCUGAGUUGUAGUCAAUAUCCAGUGCAGCUAAAACCAGGUGCUUUAAUUAAAAAUAUAUAUAUAUUAAUUUAUUUUAUUGUUCCUCGUUUGUUUAUUUAUUUAUUUGUAUCUUUUUUUUUUUUUUUUUUACCUAAAGCUUUUGGGUACAAAGCACCGAGGAGCACAGCAAGGCUGUGAACGGCGGGCCCCGCCUGCAGCAGCUCCUGUUGAUCCAGAGCUUCUCCACAGGUUCCGGGCGGAAAAAAAGCGGGCUCCGCCACGUGGAUCUAUGCACGUGCUCGCUCCAAAAAAAAGAAGAAAAAAAACCGCCACGGUCCCCGCUUAAUUAAUGUUAAAGCUUGCCUUCACGCGCGAGUUGCUACGGGACGGUAAAGCUUCGCAUUAAGGCCGAGCCUGGACUUCCUGGUUAAUGUAGGUCAAAGCAGUGACAGAGGGUGUCCUCCGUUGAACCCGCGGUAUAUUAAUCGUCCUCGCAGGCCUGCAGAUGGCGCGCGCACAGUCAUACCUCGGAGGGCCCUGGGUGCUCACCGGGGCUCUCACAACAAAAAAAUCCGUGUGGAGUCUACCCAGCUUGAGCGAUGGCGCAGCGGUCUGAAGGAUCUCCUGCUUCCUUUGCCGUGCAGCUGCGAGCCGCGCUCUCCGAGUUCAAGAGGGCAGCGGAGCCGCGAGCCCCCGGUUGAUCGAGCGUCACCUCCGCUGACCUCCUUUUGAGGAAGUUUGCCGAACCUCCUCGUUCGCAGCUUCCCGCACAAACCUAAAAUUUUAGCCUCAAAAGGCUAUAAAGACGCACACACCUGUCACUGUCUAGACUGGGGUGGUGGUGGAGGAAGAGGAAGAGGGGGGUAUUUUGGAAAGAGGGAGGGGGGGUCCCCACAUGACCCGUUAUAGCUUUCUUUAUUUACUUUUUUUUUUUACUUAACGUUCCCAAAAACAUUUAAAAGUGAAACAAAAGUGCUUAAAAAUGACUAAACAUUAUAACGGGAGACACGCGCUAUUGAGCCGCGUGAAACCGACGCCGUGUCUCCCCCGAGCUCCCAAACCGGAGGUCAGCUCGGGACGUUAAAAAAUAAAUAAAUGAGAAAAUAGAAAUGCGUAGAAAACAGAAGGCACGGCCGACAAUCUAGCUUGUUGGUGCCGGAGAUGAUUGACAGCGCCGCCGUCCAAUGGCCGGCCGCGGCGCAGCUGGCUCGCGGCACAGACAGGGGCGGCAGCCAAUCAGGAGUGAGGAGCGAUGAUGGACACUUAACUUACAAUUCCCUUGUCCUCCAGAUCGGAGCUCGAGUGGGGGGCGUGAAUUAGAGCAGAGGGGGGUACGUUUUACAGUUCAUUCACAUUUCGUGAACCCUGCUAUUUUGUACAGUAGGCGUAGAAACGCACACGACAAGAAUACAUGAUUUGAAAAAAUAAAAAAAUAAAUAAAAAAGGGAGGGAUUUACGGACCUGCUCUCCCGGAGCAACGUUUAACCCCAUCCUGUCGCAUAUUUUAUUAAAAUGUCCGGAACGUUACGGGCUUUUAAUGGAGGAACACGUCCCCGCCACUAACGCGGAGCCACGGCGGGCGCUGCUUCCACAGUCCCCGCUGCUGCUCGUCGCGAUUGGGGCACCCAAAAAUGUUUGACGGGUUUGUGAUCCAACCCAAGACUGUGAGCGGCUCUUCCAAUCGCAGCUUUAAGUGAAAAGGCGUGCCUGCCCCCCACUCCACCUCCUCCUCCUCCUCCUCCACCACCGCCACCCCUCAAAGUACUCGAUGUAUAGUUAAAAAAUGGGAGGGCACACUUGAACCGAGCUUGCUCUAUGAAGGUAGGCUGCAGCGUGUGUUUAUUGAUGAGAUGAAAAGAAGAUGGAAGUGAGAAAUGAAACAAAGUAAAGGAACAUAUCCAAAAAACUGAACGCUCUUUUGUCGGGGGAGAACGGGGGGAGCUGUCGCCACUUUUUUUCCCCAGCAAGCUUCGAAGUGCAGAGCAGCACAUGAUUUGGGCAGAGAGAACUGACAGCCUCGCCUAACACCAGGCCUCUGAUCAGCCAUCUCCACCAGCAAACUGAACUCGCACUUCAUCACCAGCCACACAACUAUCGCCGUAACAAGACGUCAUUUAACUGUAACUUCAGUUGCAAGGGGAUGACCGAGCGCAUUCAUAACAUCAAUCUUCACAACUUCAGCAAUUCUGUACUUGAGACCCUCAAUGAGCAACGCAACCGUGGGCACUUCUGUGACGUGACCGUUCGGAUCCAUGGAAGUAUGCUGCGAGCUCACCGCUGCGUGCUGGCCGCUGGAAGCCCUUUCUUUCAGGACAAGCUGCUCUUGGGCUACAGCGACAUUGAGAUCCCCUCUGUGGUCUCGGUGCAGUCCAUCCAAAAGCUGAUUGACUUUAUGUACAGUGGGAUUCUGCGGGUGUCUCAGUCAGAGGCUCUACAGAUCCUCACUGCUGCCAGUAUCCUGCAGAUUAAGACCGUCAUUGAUGAGUGCACGCGGAUCGUGUCCCAGAAUGUGGGCCUGGCAGGGCCUGGGGGAUUCCCCGUUAUACCAGGGGAUUCUGGUCAGGAAACGCCCCGCGGAACACCAGAGUCUGGCACUUCUGGACCCAGCAGUGACGCAGAGUCGGGCUACAUCCAAGCUAAUUCACAACAAAGUAUGGAUCGUGCAUAUACACCACUGUACUCCUACCAUGGCCUGCCACUGCAGAACGGUACCCGCGAGCGCUCCCUUUACAUCAACCCUCUGUCGACCAGUUAUGAUCUGGGCUCACAGAAGGACCCGCAAUCCCAAGAUCCGCCCUGGAUAAACCGCAUCCAGGAGAAAUCCCAGCAGGUGGAUCGCUUCCUGUCCUCGGCAGAGUCCACUCACUGCCGCAAGCAACCCCGACCGGUACGCAUACAAACAGGGGGGAUGCACAUAAAACAGGAGGCCGAGGAUGAGUACUGCUACGAGGACAUGGGCGACUGCCAGGACGACGCCGACCACAGCGAGGGCGUGGAGCACGAAUCCAAGAUUGAAAACUUCGACUCAGGGGUGAGCUCCUCCAUCAGUACAGAGACAGACACCAUGGAGCAGCAGCCAUACCUGACAGGCUACAGCCGAGAGGGCGGAGGGGAGAUGCAACCGGGAGACGGAGCUCCGGUGCAGAUAGAGGUCAAUGACUCGUCCCCAGAGGAGGUGCAAAAGACGGAGGACGGGGACACAUCCCACAGCACUAGUGACAGUAGCAUGAUUCAGUCGCUGCCAAUCUCAGUCAAACAUAGUCCCAUGUCCCAGUACAUGCGCCAGGUAGAAUCACACACCAGCAACCUAAGGAUAUCACUGACCAGCAAUUCCCAAGUGAUGGGCACUGCUGGAAGCACCUUCCUGCCCACACUCUUUCCUACACAGCCGGCCAGAGACCAUAAGCCUUUCCUUUACCUACCUGGCCAGCAACAACCCCAGUUUGUGGCAGUGCCGCCCCCUUCCAUGGCAUCAUUCCCAAACCCCAUGUCAGUACCGCCAGCGCCAGCUCAGCAGCAACAGGCUGCAGGAGGGAUCGGUCAGGGAGAAAAGAAGCCCUAUGAGUGCACUCUGUGCAGUAAAACCUUUACUGCAAAGCAAAACUACGUCAAACACAUGUUUGUCCACACCGGUGAGAAGCCUCAUCAGUGCAGCAUCUGCUGGCGCUCGUUCUCCCUGAAGGAUUACUUAAUUAAACAUAUGGUGACACACACGGGGGUUCGGGCGUACCAGUGCAGCAUCUGCAACAAGCGCUUCACCCAGAAGAGCUCACUCAACGUCCACAUGCGGCUGCACCGUGGAGAGAAGUCCUACGAGUGCUACGUCUGCAAGAAGAAGUUCUCACACAAGACCCUGCUGGAGCGCCACAUGGCUCUGCACAGCACCGCCAGCGCCAUCACCGGGCUGCUGGGCAGCGCAGGUACCCCGGUCCCCGUCUCCAUUCCCAUGCCGAUGGCUGUGCCCGAGCCCGGCGCCGGAGUGGUGGCCCUGGCCAUGCCGGCGAGCGGAGGUGCUGGAGUCGGGGCCGGGGUUGGAACAGGAGUGGGUGUAGCUGCAGAGGCGAGCUGCCAAGAAGGGACCACCUACGUGUGCUCCGUCUGCCCUGCCAAGUUCGACCAAAUGGAGCACUUCAAUGACCACAUGCGAAUGCAUGUCUCCGAUGGAUAAGUACAAAAACUUCUUUAAGAAAAAAAAAAAGAAUGACAAACAAAAUGGCACUAGAUUUUCUUUUCUUAUGUUAAGGUAUGAAGAGUUGAGUAUAGACACUGGCACAUUAAGUUUCCCAAAAAGAUCUUUUUUUUUUGUUGAUUUCUUUAUUCUGUUGUUCUAAAAGAAAAAAAAAGAUGGUGGCCUUAAGGCUUAGUAGUUUGAUAUUGAUCUACUGGAUGGAUCCGAACUACAGGCCUCUAAAUGUAUGCUUUCCUAAAAUACUGAUUUAUGUGUUGAACACUACCGAAAGGCCUACGAAAAAAACACAUACACACAAACACACCUUUAGGGUAGAAACGUCUGAAUGACUUUAAAUGAGAAAAUAUGUGUCUGUCCAAGCGUGUGUGUGUGUUUGUGUGUGUACAUUGCCAUGAGGCAUUAAAUCAUGGCUGUUGUGAACCCAUACUGACCAGUUUGGAAACUUAAAGAUGUCCAAGCUUACUGUGGUAUCAUUUACAACAAUAAUUUAAGAGAAAAAAAAAAAUCUUGGGUUGGGCUACAUAUUCCCUCUAAAAAAUACUGAUGAUCACACGAUUGCCUUCUUAUAUCAAAAAAAAAAAAAAAAGGAUUGUAGUUAAUUUGACACUGGGUUUUAUUUAUUCCUAUGGUAUUAAGGGAUUAUAAUGCAGCUGUUGUCAAGGUACCAAUUUUAGUCAUUUUACUGAAAUAUGUUGGGGGUUGAUGGGGAAAAAUAUUCCUCAUGUUUUUUGAUUAUCGUCCAUGCAUUGAAUGGUCAAGUUUACUAAAUUUUGGUGUGUUAAUGAGACAGUAUUUAAGCAAAAAUGUUUCUUUUUUUUUUGUUAUUUUUAUGUCCUGGAGUUUGGAGUUUAGCGUAUUUGUAUACACUGCCACUUCAUUUCUGAGAAGACUGUUAAGGCUAGUAGACCUCUUCCAUUUCUAAACACCUGAAAAGAGGAACAAGAUCCUUCCUUAUUGAGCCUUUUUACAUUCACAGUUCUGGCAUUUCUUGAGUAUGCGACUAAACUCCCUCCGUCAUAAUUGCUGCUCCUCAACUUGCACCGACUGUUAUGGGAAAUAAGAUUGGAAAAGAACCGAUUUGUCACUUCAGCUAUUGUUGUUAUUAAGUAGCCUGCAUGAUUUUAAUCCCAUAAUUGAAUUACGAUUUAAACGUUAGGCUGUUGUUGAUUGGAAUGGCGUUGCGAAAGAUGGGAUAAUUUCAUUCUAAUCAAAUUUAAAAUUAAAAUAAUUGCCACCCUGAUCCUGGAAGGCCUGUAUAACCUGUUCAUUACGACUGUGCAGCUAUUUCAGCAGGUGGGAACUAAGUGCAUUACUCACCGUGUGCCGGCUCUCCCCGAAGGCUCGAAUGGCAUGCCGUGUUUUGAAAGGAAAUACAGUCUAAGUAGCUCCGCGGAUCAAUAUCCCCCACUGUUUUACGGUUACACAAGUUGCAGAUGGACAAUAGCGUACAUUCCUGAUAAUUCGGACACGUCGGUUUCGGGUGCUCGUUGUGUGCAAGUUUGUCAUCCAUCUUUCACAUCACGUGUGGAACUUGUUUUAUACUUUUAAACUCUUUAAUUCGCUCUUUAUCCAAAGUAGAUCACACACACACACACACACACGCACACACACAUGCAACUGCCUGCAACUGCAGUCUGAAUUUGCCUGCUUUAAGUGAGCAAACCAGUUUAGCAGUUGUAAAUUUAAGAGAACUGCAUGCAGGGGUCUUCAAAAGACCUGCUGUAAAAAAAAAAAAAAA